CUCUCUGGCUCUGAUCAUCACACUCACUCUCCAAGCUCCAACCUUUAUUUUCAACAGAGAGAGAGAGAGAGAGAGAGAGAGAGCUUCAGACCUCCUCCAAUGGCGUCCUCUGCAACCCUAAUCAACCGAUUCCUCCUCACCCGAACCUCAUCAAACCCCAUCCUCCCCUCCUCGAUUCGCUCGCUCUCCUCCACACUCUACUGGAUCGUGAAGCCAGUGCCGCAGCGCGCGCGUGACGACGCCCUCGACGACCUGCACCGCUCCGGUCUGCUCAUCCAAGACGAGGACGACGCGCUCUACCUCCAGAAGUCGAUGCCGGGCCUCGGAAAAGAUGACGUCGACGUCGAGAUUAGUCCCAAGCGCAACACUCUCAUCAUCACAGGCGAUCCCGGAGGCUACAAGGCGCUUCUUCACCUUCCGCCGUCGUGCCAGGCGGAGGAGGCCGUGUCCAAAAUGGAGAAUGGUCUGCUGAGGGUGCUUGUGCCCAAGACUAAGCCCAAUGGAGCAGGCCCAACUCAGGAGGCCCAAUGGGGUCCACCUGGGCACUACAAGCCUGGUGACGCGAUCCUCAUGGUCGGGUACCUCCGCCAAGAUGAGUGAUUUCUCACCUUAGUGUGACGACUGAAUUGAAUCAUCAAAUGUCGUAGAUUUAGGGUUUAAGAUCGAGUCUUUAGAUUUGGGUUUCUUGUGUUGUGAUUUUGUAUUCAGGGUUUUAGGUCCAUCUGUGUUUUUGGUUGUAACUCUUUAGAGGAAAUGAAUGAG